CCGGGGAGGGCCGGGCCCGCUGGAUUCGCCGCUGAGGAGCUGCCGCCGCGACCCCGCCCCUCGGGGCCCCGGCCCAGCCGCCGCCGCCAUGCCCAGCUCGGCGCUGUGGGCCGUGGACCUGUUCGGGAGGGUGCACACGCUGUCCACCACGGGCCAGUACUGGGAGCCGUGCAGGGAUGCGCAGCUGGAGUUCAAGCGCGUCAGCGCCACCACGCAAUGCUGCUGGGGCAUCGCCUGCGACAACCAGGUCUACGUGUUCGUGUGCGCCAGCGAGGUCCCCAUCCGCCGCCGGGAGGAGGCCUACGAGAACCAGCGCUGGAACCCCAUGAGUGGCUUCUGUGAGAAGCUCCUGCCGAGUGACCGCUGGCCGUGGAGCGAUGUGAGUGGGCUCCAGCCCCGGCCGCUGGACGGGGUGGCGCUGCCCUCGCCUCACUGGGAGUGGGAGUCGGACUGGUACGUGGACGAGAAUUUUGGCGGGGAACCCACCGAGAAGGGGGGGUGGACGUAUGCCAUCGACUUUCCUGCCACCUACACGAGAGACAAGAAGUGGAAUUCUUGCGUGCGGCGGCGCAAGUGGAUCCGGUACAGGAGAUACAAGUCCCGGGACGCCUGGGCCAAGAUCCCCUCAAAGGACGACCCCAAGCAACUGCCGGACCCCUUCAACGACCUCUCAGUGGGGGGGUGGGAGAUCACCGAGGAGCCCGUGGGCCGCCUGUCGGUGUGGGCUGUGUCCCUGCAGGGGAAGGUGUGGUACAGAGAGGACGUCAGCCACGCCAACCCUGAGGGCUCGCUGUGGAGCCUGGUGGACUGCCCAGGGGAGGUAGCCCAGAUCAGCUGUGGUCCCCACGACCUCCUAUGGGCCGUCCUCUGGGAGGGGCCGGCCCUGGUCCGGGAAGGAAUCAACAGGAACAACCCCCAAGGAAGUGCCUGGUCCAUUGUGGAGCCUCCGGGGCCCGACAGCGGGAUCCUGCAUGUCUCCGUGGGCGUCAGCGUGGUCUGGGCCGUCACCAAGGACCAGAAAGUGUGGUUCCGGAGAGGCGUCAACUCCCACAAUCCCUGCGGCACUGGCUGGAUUGAGAUGGUUGGCGAGAUGACCAUGGUGAACGUGGGGCUCAACGACCAGGUCUGGGGCAUCAGCUGUGAGGACCGAGCCUUGUACUUCCGCCAGGGCGUCACCCCCAGUGAGCUCAGCGGGAAGACGUGGACGGCCAUCGUCGCGGGCCGAGAGUGUGACCGGUCCUACUCGGGCAGCUCGUCCAGCCUCCUCAGCGCCGGCUGCUUCUUCGGCGACGAGGUGAGGGGCGGCGGCGAUUCUGCACCCAGCGACAGUGAUGCCUCCUCGGAGGUGGAAAGGCUGGGACCCGAGCAUCCUCUGUCCGUGGAGCCAGGGGACACAUCCGAGAGCGCAGGCCCAGGGCCCAGCAGGACGGAAGCAGGUGCCGUGCAGAACACCUGCCCAGCCCAGGGCAGCGGGGAGGCCACACAGGUCUCAGGGCUGCACAGGCAGCCUGGCCCGGCUGAGUUGCCCUGGACCAACAUUGACCUGAAGGAGCCCCCGAAAGGGCCCAGCUGCCCAGCAGCCAGUUUUCCCCAGCCCACUGGCCUCUGCUCACUGGGGCUCCUGGGCGUGGAGGAGCCGUGUGGGGCGGCCGACCACCCGCUGUGGGCCUGGGUGUCUGGAGGCGGCUGUGCGGUGGAGGCGGGCUCUGUGCUCAAGUGGUUCUCUGUCCAGUCGGGCCUGUCCCCCUCGGUGCAGACGCUGUCCCUGUCCAUCACGCCGGCACAGACGGCCGCCUGGAGGAAGCAGAUCUUCCAGCAGCUCACAGAGAGGACCAAGCGGGAGCUAGAGAACUUCCGGCACUACGAGCAGGCUGUGGAGCAGUCGGUGUGGGUGAAGACCGGGGCCCUGCAGUGGUGGUGCGACUGGAAGCCCCACAAGUGGGUGGACGUCCGCGUGGCCCUGGAGCAGUUCACGGGGCACGACGGGGCCCGCGACAGCAUCCUCUUCAUCUACUACGUGGUCCACGAGGAGAAGAAGUACCUGCACGUGUUCCUGAAUGAGGUGACGGCGCUGGUCCCGGUGCUGAACGAGGCCAAGCACUCCUUUGCACUGUACACCCCGGAGAGGACGCGGCAGAGGUGGCCGGUGCGCUUGGCAGCUGCCACCGAACAGGACAUGAAUGACUGGCUUGCCCUGCUCAGCCUGUCCUGCUGCGAGAGCCGGAGGGUCCAGGGCCGCCCAUCCCCACAGGCCCUCUGGUCCGUCACCUGCAAGGGGGACAUCUUUGUGAGUGAGCCCAGCCCGGACCUGGAGGCGGGCGAGCACCUGCUGCCUUGCGACCAAAUGUUCUGGCGGCAGAUGGGAGGCCACCUGCGGCUGGUGGAAGCCAACAGCCAGGGUGUGGUGUGGGGCAUCGGCUACGACCACACGGCCUGGGUGUACACAGGCGGCUACGGCGGAGGCUGCUUCCAAGGCCUGGCCAGUAGCACCAGUAACAUCUACACGCAGUCCGACGUGAAGAGCGUCCACAUCUACGAGAACCAGCGCUGGAACCCUGUCACGGGCUACACCAGCAGGGGCCUGCCCACUGACCGCUACAUGUGGAGUGACGCCUCGGGGCUGCAGGAGUGCACCAAGGCCAACACGAAGCUCCCGUCCCCGCAGUGGACCUGGGUCUCAGACUGGGCCGUGGACUUCAGCAUUGCUGGUGGCACCGACCCCGAGGGGUGGCAGUACGCCAGCGACUUCCCUGCAUCCUACCACGGGUACAAAACCAUGAAGGACUUCGUCAGGAGAAGGUGCUGGGCCAGGAAGUGCAAGCUGGUGACCAGCGGGCCCUGGCUGGAGGUGGCCCCCAUCGCCCUCGGGGACGUGUCCAUCAUCCCGGAGAGCACACCAGAUGACAGGCGCAGGCACAGCAUCGCACUCUGGGCGGUCAGCGACAAAGGGGACGUGCUGUGCCGCCUGGGCGUGUCCCAGCUCAACCCCGCGGGCUCUUCCUGGCUGCACGUCGGCACCGACCAGCCCUUCACCUCCAUCUCCAUCGGGGCCUGCUACCAGGUGUGGGCCGUGGCCAGAGACGGCUCGGCCUUCUACCGGGGCUCCGUGUCCCCCGCCAAGCCUGCCGGCGACUGCUGGUACCACAUCCCGCCUCCCGCCAAGCAGAGGCUGCUCCAGGUGUCUGUCGGGCAAACAUCGGUGUUCGCCUUGGAUGAAAACGGAAACCUGUGGCACCGCGCGGGGAUCACGCCCAGCUACCCGCAGGGCUCCAGCUGGGAGCACGUGUCCAACAACGUGCGCAGAGUGUCCGUGGGGCCCCUGGACCAGGUCUGGGUCAUCGCCGACAAGGUCCAGGGGAGCCACAGCCAGCGGGGGACCGUGUGCCACCGCACGGGAGUGCAGCCCCACGAGCCCAGGGGCCAGGGCUGGGACUACGGCAUCGGGGGAGGCUGGGACCACAUCUCCGUCCGGGCCAACGCCACCAGUGGCCGCGAGGCGCGAGCCGGGCGCAGGGAGCCGAGCGCCGCGCAGGAAGCCCCGGGCCCCGUGUGCUGCUGAGGCCGCCGCUCACCUGGAGGGUCCGCGCGGAGCUGCCCGCCGUGCUGGGGUCGGCGCGUCCACGCCGGCAGCGUG